AUGCCAGAGAGAAUAGUGCCACAGCCCACUAUGGAGAACGUGCGAAUCUCAGGCCUCGAAGAGCUCCAGGCCCAUCUCCAAGAGCUCGUCAACGACAGCACACUUCCCUUCAACGAGAAACUCUUCGAUGAUGUUGAACUCCAGCUCACAGAGGACAACAUCCCACCCCUCCUCCCCAGCUUCCUCCCUCCGCUCACCACAAUCCUCAAGUCCACAACCCAAGACCCAACUCCCUGCCUCACCCUGACCAUCAAGCUCCUCUCCCCCCUCCCCCUCGCCCGCACACUCACCAUCGCCGACCCCCCCUCCCUCAUCACCGCCCUCCAGUCCCCCCUCCCAGGCGCCAACCAGCUCGCCCUCGCCAUCCUCCACAAGGGCGCCGCCACCCCCAGCGACGCUGCCAUCCUCAGCACCCUCCCCGACGUCAUCGAGGAGCUCGUCGAGGCAUGGCUCUCGACCGACAACGUCUCCGUGGCCGAGAAGGCCGCUAAAGUCCUCGGCGACCUCCUCGAGGUCGACUGCGACGUCGUCGCGCCCCCUCCCCAGCCGCUCGCCCAGGUCACCGACAGCACCACCCAGGAGCUCGUCCGCAGACGCCGCGCUCCCGGCCACGCCCGCCUCUGGGACCUCGUCUUCGGGACACGCCCCAUCCUCUCCCUCGUCCCGGAGUACUGCUCGCCCUCGGACGAGCGCACCGUCCGCCAGGUCACCCUCUCCCAGGGCCGUCUUCUCCGUCUGCUCCCGCGCCUGGCGACGCUCAACCUCGCGCCCCUCAUCGCCAGGUCUGCGCCUGAUCUCUUCGCCGGGGAGAGUCUCCUCUACUGGGCGUCGUUGAAGAUGAUCGACUACGAUGAUGUGCUGGUCCACCUCAACCUGGUCGACUUCUUCGAGACGCUGGUCAGCGUGAUGCGGGUGGCCGAGACGCGCUCUCCCAUCGUGGAUGAGGAGCUUGGAGCUUUGAUUCGGACAGCUGCCAAGGACGACACUGUGCUUCGGGACGCAUUGAGGGGACUGCCGGAUCGUACAAUCGAGGAGGAGGCAGAGCCGCUGAGAGAGUACAUCACGAAGCUUCUUCAGGGUUAA